UCAAAGCUCUCGUUAGAUCGAAAUCGAAGGGGAGAACGCCAAAGUCUAUAAAAAAAAAGUCAUCGCACCAUCCCGCAGUCGCGGAGAGAGCUGGGCUCGAGGGGCAAAAAACAUUAACGAAAACUCCGUUCGUUGCCUACUUAGUCAAGACUUUUUCAUCUCUCGCAGCCCAGGGUGUAAUUUGGCUGCUCCCUCCGUGCAACGUCGGCCAAAAAAUCCCCGCGUUCUCAGUAAAUAUGUGAUAAUUUUCGUGGGAGUGUUGUGUGUAUUAAGGGGCUGGCUCGAGGAGGUUAAACGUGAAGUGUGCGCGUUGGUGGUGCUGUGAAACGAUCGUGAAUUUCGUUCUCGAAGAAACGAAGAAGAGACAAUGUUCAAUCACGAAUACGAAAAGAGGCUUUUAAAGCCAGUUUUGAAAGGGGAUCGAGGUUCAGAAUCUUUGUCGACGUUGACAACGCGGACAAGUACCAGCUUGUCGUGUACGAUCGCGCCCCCGUCGUACCUCUCCCCCACAAAAUGCAGCAACAACAGUUUCGACCGUUUCAUUCCAACGCGAUCGGGAAGCAAUUGGCAAACGACAUUUUCGAUGAUCUCAGAGAACCGAGGACCUUCGGGAACUUCUGGAAGUGUUGGUGGCUCUGGGGGUAUGGGCUCCGGAAAAAAAACUCGAGAAAAUGGUGAGUCCAGCCGAGACGGGAUCGCAUAUUCCAGUUUACUUAAGAACGAGUUACUGGGGGCGAGUAUCGAGGACGUUAAGGGGCAAUCUGAGGAACGUAGCGGUUCGGGGGGUGGUGGAAACGGCGUGGGCAGCGGGGGCGGGAGAGGGGCGAUGUGGUCGGUUCUGCGAAGCAAGAAUCUCUUCAAAUACGCGAGCCCGGGAGGCCUUAAAGAUCACGACACUCUGCUGGAUCAGAGUUCGCCUUAUUCCCUGUCUCCGUUGAGUGCAAAGAGUCAAAAAUUGUUAAGAUCUCCUCGGAAAGCUACCAGAAAGAUCUCCAGAAUCCCCUUCAAAGUGUUGGACGCGCCAGAACUCCAAGAUGACUUUUAUUUGAACCUAGUUGACUGGUCCUCCCAAAAUGUUCUCAGUGUUGGCCUCGGAAGUUGUGUUUAUCUCUGGUCCGCUUGUACCAGCCAAGUAACGAAGCUCUGUGAUUUGUCGGGCGAUGGAAACAGUGUGACAUCGGUAGCAUGGAACGAGCGUGGGAAUUUAGUGGCAGUGGGUACUCAUCUGGGUUAUAUUCAAGUUUGGGAUGUAGCGGUGAACAAACAAGUGAGCAAGCUUCAAGGACACAGUGCCAGAGUCGGAGCUCUAGCUUGGAACGGCGAAGUAUUAUCUUCUGGCAGUCGAGACAGACUAAUCCUGCAGCGAGACGCUCGAACUCCUUGCAUCGUAGGUGAAAGACGUUUGGGUGCUCACCGCCAAGAAGUUUGUGGCUUGAAAUGGUCCCCGGACAACCAAUAUUUGGCCUCGGGAGGAAACGACAAUCGACUUUACGUCUGGAACCUGCACUCCCUUUCUCCCGUUCAAACUUACACCGAACAUUUAGCUGCAGUGAAAGCAAUAGCCUGGUCACCCCAUCAUCAUGGACUCUUGGCCUCUGGUGGCGGCACUGCUGACCGGUGCAUCAGAUUUUGGAACACCCUGACUGGUCAGCCCAUGCAGUGCGUCGAUACCGGCUCUCAAGUGUGCAAUCUGGCCUGGAGCAAACACAGCUCCGAACUCGUCAGCACUCACGGCUACUCCCAGAACCAGAUCCUCGUCUGGAAGUAUCCGAGCUUGACGCAAGUUGCCAAGCUCACAGGACACUCUUACAGAGUCCUGUACCUGGCAAUGUCUCCCGACGGCGAAGCCAUUGUGACAGGAGCUGGUGACGAAACUCUAAGAUUCUGGAACGUGUUCAGCAAAGCACGUAGUCAAAAAGAGAACAAGUCUGGACUCAAUCUUUUCACGAGUAUACGCUAAAUUGAACUUUACAUACAUUAAGUUCAGCAGCGAUAAGAAGCUGCUACGCUAAUUAUAUUUGAGAAAAAAUUUGCAUGAUUUUGAAGUUUGCAUCGUAGAGCGCAGCAAAAAAUCAUGGUAUUCUUGAGACGAUAACUAAAUCAGUAGAAAUAAAUUCAAGAUUAUGGAAAAAUCAAUUAUUUUCCUCCAAUUUCGACGAUGAAAACUUCAACUUCGUGACAUUUUUUCGCCAGCGUGUGCAUAUGCGUGAGUGUGUAUGUAUGUGAGCGCGCGCGUGCAAUAUUACUAUUGUCUAAACCGCUUUGGAAAACGCAAUCGUUCAAAGUCACCGAUCGAAUCGAUGCAUUUUUUUUUUUUUUCCGUAAUUCGCACAAAAUCUUUAGUUCGUUCUCACAACAUUUAUUAUUUUGUUUUUCUCCAUCGCGCGGGGCAUAUACUCGAGAUGAAUUAUUAUGGAAAGCAAACAAGAACAAAGUCAUUUGUACAAAUUCAAGUCCAACAUAUAUUAUUUACCAAGUGAAUUUACUAAUUUAUAUAUACGAUUUAAACACGAAAAGAAACAAAAUAUAAUAAUAAUAUAUGCUACUUUACUAACAUUUAUAUAGAAUUUUGUGGUUGAAAUAAAACACCAUAAUUUUUCCUCUUUUUUUUUUUUGUAGAUCUUUUAGGGCUCAUUUUUUUAGCUGCGGUUUUAUUCUCUCUUUCGUCACCCUCGCUACGAUGAAAUCACGUAGCUUUUGUGUUUCUUCAAUUGUUGGUUAGAAACAUACACGUUGGCACGUUGGUGGAAAAAACGAUAUUGGAGCUUACAUCGUUGGAGUACAACGAAACCUUGUUAUUUACAAGUAUUUUGGCCACUUAUCAUUGCAUAGCCAAAAGCUCUGGGAAUUCAUUUUCACGGCCUUCUACGGAUGACAUUGAAUAACACUGAAAGUUCACUCUCUCGCUUUAUGAUCGUGGGACGAAAAUAGAAUAGAAUUUAAUUCCACAUGAAUUGUGACUUGCACCGUAUCAAAUGAUUUAUAGGAUUUUUAAAAGUUUUUUUAUUUUUGUUUCUCAAUAAUUAGGUAUGGGAAUGAACUUUCAGUCUUGGAGUAUUUUGAAGAUAUGGGAAACUGGAAACCCAUUUUCAUGCUACUUAACCUAUUUCCUGAGUCUAAGAAAAACCAUGGGAAUUGAUUUUCAAACUCAAUAUUCAUGGAAAAAAAAUAGAAAAGAAUAUUUGAUGAAAUAUUUUUCGUUUAUUUAAACGAUGGAACAUUCAAUGUUGAAUCUGAUUUGAUAAAUAGGUUGCAUUUACUUGCGUAUUGACAACCAAUGGAAAAAUGAUGGUGAAUGAUGAUUGAAAUCAAAGCGUUGAUUUACCAUGUGCAAGCGUGCGCAAAUUAGUACAAGCUAUUUAAGCAGAGUGAGAGAAAGAGAGAAGUGUGUUGUGUGCGUGUGUAUUUGUUGUUGGUCGGAAUGAACAUGAACAAUGAAGCUCUCCCGUUUCAACACUGUCCGAUAACAAUGAUUUCUCCUCGAAAUCAUUUUGUGCAAUGAUUCUACGAUAAAUCUAUUCGACCAUCAUGAUUCCAUAAUUAUUACAAUUUAAUAAUACAAUAUUAAAUAUUAUUUAGGAGGUACUAAAAAGUCUGCGUUUAUGUCGCCAAGUGACAAGACUAUAAUUAUUGUAAUAAGAGAUGAUUUAAAUGGAAGAAAACAAAA